AGAAAAUCUGUAAAUAUCAUAAAUUCUGUGAUAAUAUUUAUAUAAAAUUAAUUUUGCAAAGAUGAGUGAAGCAUAAGCUGACCGUAUUUUAUCAAUUGCAAAUCAAGAGACAGUAAAUAGACUAUUUAGAGUUUGUUAUAAAUAAAUAACAGGUUUAAAAAUAAUUAAAUGAUUGAUUAGGCUAAAGACCUGUUGGAAAGUUUUAGGAUAGCGAUCAUUAGGCUGUAUUGAAUUGCCACAGAAGAUUAGUGGAAGUAUUAAAAAUUGUAGCACCAGCAAUUGUACCAUUAAGAGAGGAAUGAUUCAAUUGUUAAAUAUAAUAAUCAUAAAACCA